UUUUCCUUUGUUUCUGCUAUUGUUUCUAUAACUUUUAGUAUGCCAUUGGUUGGAUAACAUGAAUAGUAUGGUAUUUUGAAAAUAGCACAUAUUGCGACAACAACACAAAUAUGACUUCUGGUUUUGAAAUGCAUCAACUGUCACACAUACACAAAUGAUGUAGAGCGGAGACGGAAAUGGCACAUGUUCAAUCAGAAAUGUGUGAAAUGCAGCUGAAUGGAGUUCCAGAGCUUAUGGAUCUGCUUCACAUUGACGUGGAGAUAGAUGUAGUGGACGGCAAACCUGGAAGAGAAGAUGCACCGUGUUCAAAGAAUGUACUGAGGAAGCAGCGAAACUGGGAGAGGCAGCUGGCUUCGAAGAAGAGCAAGAGGAAAGAAGAGAAACAGAGGAGGAAGCUCAAUCGUGAGCAGGAGUCGGGGUCCAGCACAGAUCAACCACAGUUCUCUAAACGGGUCAUGAAGGCGAUCACCAAAGAGCGUUUAGUUGAGGCUCAGUCCACAGGACUCAAACUGUGUGUUGACCUCAGUAUGACGGACUGCAUGUCUGACAAGGAAAUAAGUCGACUGGCUGGCCAGUUAAGACGGCUGUACGGGUCGAACAAGAAGGCGGCUCAACCCUUUCAUCUGUUUCUUACUGACCUGAGAGAGGACAGUCGCCUCUACAGGGAGUGCAUACGAAUGAACGCCGGCUUUCUCAACUACAUGAUGGAUAUAACAGAGGAAAGCUGUCUGGAUCUCUUUCCACCAGAAUCGGUUGUCUAUCUCACUCCAGAUGCAGAAGAAGCUUUGGAGACAAUAGAGGCUGACAGAGUUUAUGUCCUCGGUGGUCUUGUGGAUGAAAGCAUCCAAAAGAAAUUGAGCUUUUCCAGAGCCAGAGAACUGAGCGUCCGCACAGCGAGGCUGCCUAUAGACGAGUACAUGAUGAAAAAAAACAACGCAAAGAAUUUCCACUCAAAGAUACUAGCGGUUAAUCAAGUGUUUGAUAUUUUGUUGACUUUCUGCGUCACUGGCAGCUGGACAGAUGCCUUUCAAAUGUGGUUUCCUCCAGGGAAGGGUUAUGUUGUAACACCGUGUGAUUCACCAACGCUUUCUGCGACCCUGACUCUGCACGAGGAUUAAUGCCAUCUUUUUUUUUUUUUUUAACUUAUUCUUUAUUAUUUUUUAUUUCAUCAUAAAGUAUAUGAACAUUUUACAAAUAACCAUAUUGUUUGACAUGUUAUUCAGUUUAAUAUUUUAUAUGUAUAUAAAAGGGUAAAUCCGAACAAGUCAGUAAAUUAGAUACUAAAAUGAAAGACAAAACCAAAUAAACUGAACCAACAAUAAUCAAAACUAACCAGUAAUGGCAUCUUUGGCUCUGGUGGAAAGACAUUAAAAGGUGAUUCAUAUUUACGGAUGGGAGAUGACACACUUAUAAGUGCCCAGUUAAACAGCACAGUGUUAAUUAUUUUCUGAAAUCAGAAAGUUAUUCAACAAGAGAAGAACACUUGACUUUUUUGUUUAUCUCAGUUAAUUACAGAAUUAUUUUUAAAUUAAAUGUUUUAUAAGACGA